AGUCGGAUCAGCCCCAGGCUGUUAACGUUUUCACCUUCAAGGAUGUGAAGACCCAGCCUGAUCCCUACUACACCUACCCAGAAUCCCUCAGGGCAGGGAAGACUCCACUCAUUAUAGACAAUGGCUCUUACCAGUGUAAGGCUGGCUGGGCGUCGGACAAGGAACCUCGACUCAUCUUUAAGAACGUGAUGGCGAAGGGGCGUGGUAAGAAGGAGACAGACGUACAGAUCGGGAAUGACAUCAGUAACAUCGAGGUGGUGAGAUGGCUGCUCAAGACACAGUUUGACGGACAGGUGGUCACACAUUACGACAUGCAGGAGCAGAUGUUUGACUACCUGUUCAGUCACCUGGGUGUCAGCACUGAAGGGUGUGUGGAUCAUCCUGUAGUCAUGACGGAGGCUGUCUGUAACCCAAACUACUGCAGACAAAACAUGUCAGAGCUGCUGUUUGAGUGUUACCAUGUGCCCAAGGUGGCGUAUGGAGUAGAUGCACUGUUCAGUCUGCAUCACAACAAGCCAAAAGCAGCCUUGGACCAUGCCAUGUUGGUUUGUUCCGGCUUCCACACCACUCACAUACUCCCCCUGGUGGCCGGCAGGCUCGAUGCAGCCAACUGCAAGCGGAUGAACCUGGGCGGCUGGCAGGCGACCGGUUACAUGCACCGCCUGUUCCAGCUGAAGUACCCGGCACACUUCGCUGCCAUCACACUCACUCGCUCAGAGGAGCUGCUAUACGACCAUGGCUACAUCGCAGUAGACUACAUGGAGGAGUUACACAGGUGGUCGGACCUGAGCUACUACCACAGGAACGUGCACAAGAUCCAGCUGCCCUUCACCCCCCUCCCCACCAGCUCCGUCAGCGCAGAGGACAAGGAGAAGAGGAAGCAGCAGGCCGGCCGCAGGCUGCAGGAGAUUAACGCCAAGAGGAGGGAGCAGAAGCUGGCAGCUGAGCAGGAGAAGCUGCAGCAGCUGCUCAGCAUCCAGGAGCUGAUGGAAGAUGAUGAUGAUGACUCCUUCCUGAGGGCCCUGGAGGAGUGCGGCUUCUCGUCGGCCAAUGAGCUGCAAGUGGCCAUCAACAAGCUCAGCCUCUCCAUCCAGAGGACCAAGGAGAAGAUGCUGCAGCCAGAUGAGGGGCAGCCCAGCCGUGCGACCCCAGAGCUGGAUAAGCAGCAGCGCGCUGAGCGGGAGGCGAUCGUGGGGAACCUGCGGCGACAGCGGCAGGAAAUCGUGGAGACCAGGCAACAGCGCAGACAGAGGAGACAGGAGGUCGCAAAACGGAAAAGUCACGCUGCUCAGGAGAGAAUGAAGAUCCUGACCCAGCUGGCCCAAUCAGAGAGGAGAAGAGGGAAGGAGGACACCUUUGGGAUGAAUGAGGAAGACUGGAAUGUCUACAAGGCCAUCAGUAAGGAAGGUGACAGUGACAGUGAACAGGAGCAGGAGAGACUGAACCAGAUCGACCAGUUGCUCAGAGAACAUGACCCUGACUUUGAGAAGGACUUUGGUAAUGGCCAGGACAUGGAUGUGACCUUUGACAUUGCUGAAUAUUACCAGCUGCACCUCGGAGUGGAGAGAUGCAGGGUUCCAGAGUUGUUGUUCCAGCCGUCCCUGUUAGGCAUGGACCAGGCAGGAGUCACGGAGACGAUGGACUAUGUACUGAACAAGUACCCAGCUGACGUACAGGAUAAACUGGUGCAGAAUGUGUUCCUGACCGGAGGUAACACCCUGUACCCAAACCUGCAGUCCAGGAUGGAGAAGGAACUGCAGGCCAUCAGACCAUUCCAGUCCGCAUUUCAAGUUUUUACCGCAAAAAACCCAGUGUUAGAUCCGUGGUACGGAGCCAAGUCCAUGUCCACAGACCCCUCAAGGAGCGCUCAGAUGUUUCUCACACGAGCAGAGUACCUCGAGAAGGGGACAGAAUACCUAAAGGAACACCAAGCCAGCAAUCUUUACAUCCCAACUCCAAAGUAGAUAUUAUACAGAUCAAGAGAGCGGAAUUAAAGCAUAACAUCCCAAUAGAAUUGUCUUGAAACGAACAA